UGGAGGCGGCGCCGCGGGACGGAACGGAAGUGCCUGUGCAGCUUCCCGGAUCCGGAGCCGAGCUCUGGCGGCCGCCCUGCCCGCCAUCCUCCUUCCGCAGCCGUGAGGGAGACCGCGGCUCGGCUGCACCGGAGCUGCGAGUAGGACUGAUGACAGAGGCCCCAUCACUUAGCAGUUUCCCUGAGUCUGCAUCUGAAGAGCUGGAUAUCAAGCUGGGCCUGAGCUGCUGCCAGUCGUAGGGCUGCUGGAGUUACAGAAUGUCUGAAGGGGACAGUGUUGGAGACUCUGUCCAUGGGAAGCCCUCAGUGGUGUACAGAUUUUUCUCACGGCUUGGACAGAUUUAUCAGUCCUGGCUGGACAAGUCUACCCCCUACACAGCUGUCCGGUGGGUCGUGACACUGGGCCUGAGUUUUGUGUACAUGAUUAGAGUUUACCUGUUACAAGGUUGGUACAUUGUGACCUACGCCUUGGGAAUUUACCACCUAAACCUUUUCAUAGCGUUCCUUUCUCCCAAAGUGGAUCCUUCCUUGAUGGAAGACUCAGACGACGGCCCUUCGUUACCAACCAAACAAAAUGAGGAGUUUCGUCCCUUCAUUCGAAGGCUUCCAGAAUUCAAAUUUUGGCAUGCAGCUACAAAAGGCAUUCUUGUGGCUAUGAUCUGCACCUUCUUCGAGGCUUUUAAUGUCCCAGUGUUCUGGCCGAUCCUGGUGAUGUACUUCAUCAUGCUUUUCUGUAUCACAAUGAAGAGGCAAAUAAAGCACAUGAUUAAAUACCGGUACAUACCAUUCACACACGGGAAGAGGAGAUACAAAGGGAAGGAGGACGUGGGCAAGACAUUUGCUAGUUAGAAGCUGGACUGACUCUCACACGGACUCAAGAACGGUUUUGAGCCAUUGUAACAAUGCCUUUUUCUUCACAUAAAGUAGUUGAUUAUGAGGAAGUUGAAUUUUCUUUUUAAGAGGAGCCUCAAUGAUUUGUAUCUGAAAUAUCAGGUUCUUGAAGAAACUGGCAUUUAAACCAAAUUGCAUUGAUUUCUUUUUCAGUGAUGUUCAUGUGUUUGAAAUGGACAGAUUGUAGUGAAUCAUAGGCUUGGGAGGCCAGGUGGGUGGCAGCCCAAGAGAGCCGGAGGGAGGACGGGAGUGCGGCCCUGGAGAGCUGCCUUCCUGACCCCGCUGAGGCCACUCCUCUGUGCCAGAGGGACAAGCCAGCCUGCUUCCUGCUGUGAAAAAGAAUGUACUGCUUUGAGGGUGAUUUCACAGAGCUAUGUGGGGUUCUCAUGCCAGUGUCUGAAUCUCAUCUCACUAGAGAUGUUUCUCAAAUUGGCCUCGAUCAUAAUGACUCAAAACUCUGUUCUUAACUACCAUGAUUGCUUUUGAGGGCCUGGAAUUAUAAAUAUAUAUUAUAUUUUAAUUGAGACUAUUUUGACACUUUCCUUUGAUACAUAACAUUUUGCUUUUGAUUAAAUUUGUUCUCAUGCAACAAGCUCUUUAAGGAAACAGAACGGGCCAGAGCACACCAACCCUGGGGUUCAUCGCAUGGCCUUCUACUUUCUAUGGGGAAAACAGAACCUACCACGUGUCAAACUUUUUGAUGUGAUAAAAAUAAUACUCUUUAAACAUUUUUACUAAGUGA